GCUCAAACAGUUGAGUACACAGCCAUGGCUCUUUGGAACUUUGGUAGGCUCGCCAGAAUAAGGCAUUUGCUGGUGUCUGCUUCAACCAGGACCACGUCAUGGUGGACCCACGUGGAGCAGGGUCCCCCAGACGCCAUAUUCGGACUGGUGGAGGCCUUCAAGAAGGACCCUCGACCGGAGAAGAUCAGUCUGGCUAUAGGGGCGUAUCGUGACGCCAACAACAAACCCUUUGUUCUCCCUACCGUCAGGAAGGCAAGUUUCAUGGGGAUCUGGCAUCAUAUGAAACUCAAUCUACCCCUGAAUGAGUGCAGGGUGGCCAUUGCUAGAUAUAGCUACUUCACACACCACAUUCUUUCCCAUUUCUUUAGUUGUGCUUGUCCGAUUGUAUGUAGAGCAUGUUUCACUCCACAGGCUAAGUUCUGGCCUGGCUCCAAGACCAUCUACCUGCCCAACCCUUCCUGGCCCAACCACAAGCCAGUCUUCAGUUCUUCAGGUCUGGAGGUCAAGUCCUACAGCUACUACGACUCCUCAACCUGUGGUCUAGACUCCACAGGCCUCUACCACGACCUACAGAGUCUACCGGAGAAGUCUGUUGUUCUGUUUCAUGCGUGUGCCCACAACCCCACCGGAGUCGACCCCAAGAUGGCCGAGUGGAAAGAGAUAUCAAGAAUAUGCAAGGGAUUUGCCACUGGGGAUCUGGACAACGAUGCUGCAGGAGUGAGGCAGCUGGCAGCCGACGGACACAAUCUCCUCCUUUGCCAGUCCUUCUCCAAGAACCUUGGACUCUAUGGAGAGAGAGUAGGGGCAAUGACUGUGUUGUGCAGUGAUCCUGAAGAGGCCAAGAGGGUGGAGUCCCAGCUCAAGAUCAUCAUACGACCACUCUACUCCAACCCACCCAUCAACGGAGCCCGCAUCGCCACACACAUCCUCAACACUCCAGCUCUCUACAAUGAAUGGUAACCAGUAUCUAUUCUAUGGGAAAAGGGGGAUUUUGCCCAGCCCUUGACAAUAGUUUCCGUUCUCUUAACUGAGCCCCAGUUAUGAAGUGGAACCCUUCUCUAAAGACGCGCUUGAGGACACCCCUCUAGUAGGACACAUUUUCUUUCCCCAAUACCCAUAACACCUCAAUAAUAUGGACACUUUCUUCUGUCACACUGGUGUCUGUCGCACUUGUGUCUUCCACUGUACACCACUUUGUGCCCCUGUAUAAAAUCCCUAGGUACAGAGUUUUUCACACACAAACUUGGUGGCGUACCCUGUGGGUUCUGUUUAUUGAGUCUUUAUACAGGCCCUAAGGUGUGUGGUUGCAGUUCAUGUCCAACAACCCCCUGCAUGCCAGCUGGUUCGUGGUAACGUUUCACGUGCAGUGUGCUACAGCAUCCUAACCUGUCCUAUGCAUGUGCAGGCUGGGUGAGCUGAAGCUGAUGGCUGGGAGGAUCAUGGAGAUGAGACAGGCUCUGAGAGAUGGCCUCGAGAAAGAAGGUUCAAUGCGGGACUGGAGCCACAUCACGGAGCAGAUUGGGAUGUUCUGUUACUCGGGGAUGACCCAAGAGCAGGUGGCCAGACUCCAGUCAGAGUUUGGAAUAUUCAUGACCAAGGACGGCCGGAUCUCCAUGGUUGCUCUCACACCGGGCAACGUGGGAGCUGUAGCCAGAGCCAUGCACCAGGUCACCAAGUGACUCCUGCCAAAAUGGAUCAGUUUAUAGCAGUGCCACGGGCUAUAUAUUUCAGUGACUAAAUCUUUCACUGGUGCAACUGUUUACAAAAGACUUAGUUAUCUGUGUGUAGGUUUUUAAAGGUAGAAUUUUGUGAUGAAAUGUGAACUGUUUCUUUCUAACUCAUCUUGGCAACAAAAUUUGAUAUUUAAACCAUGAAACCUGGCUACAGUAUAGAUAUUGUGUGCAUGCAGAGGUGUCGAAAAGUUACCAGUUUUCGUGGUUUUAAUCACUAAUCUUGAUAACAGUAGAUACAGUACAAAUAAUUAUUGCACAGAUGAGGUGAAGGUAAACUGAUAACCAGCAAGGCAGGAUUGUCCUACUUGACAUCGUCAUCAAAGAUUACGUCCCCAUACUUGUUUUUUCUAACUCCCCUUCCUUUGUCCUGUCUCUCCAUCAAUGCCCCACCGUCUCCAUCACCUCCUCCUCCACCCUUACCCUCCCUCCCCCGACCCUGGCCUACCCACUGCGACAUAUCCACUCUUCUCCUCGUCGCCUCGCUGGAGGCCAUAUCGCCCUCAGCCCUGCCUCUGGUCAUAGACGAGCUCUCUCGUGCUCUCUUUUGGUCGUAUCGCCGGGCCUGUCUGGGUAGGGAUUUCCUCAGCUUGCCUGCCAGCUCCGAGUCUUCCAGGGCAAGGAUGUUCUCGAUGCAAGACUGGUUGUUGGACAUGGCGCCCAGAAAGGAGAAGAGGACGAAGGAUACGGUGUAGCACGGUGCCGCGGCAAAACGCGGCAACAGUCCGGCUCUGAAGGCCGCCCACAGAGGCACCAGCGAGGGGAGACCCCACUUGAGGCCACCGAGGGCAGAUUUACUCCUACACUCGUGCAGAACUGCCCUCUCUCUCUCUGAAUAGCCGGAAAGUUUCGUCGCCAUUGAACCACUUCGAGAAAAC